CGGGGAAUAGGCCUAUCUCACAACUUCCUGGUUCGGCGUUCGAUUUUGCCUUCACCGGGUAAAGUGACUUCCGGUCGCGUAGUCCAUGAUAUUUGACAAUGGCGCAGUCAAAAAACAAAAGCUUCUGUUGUCUACCUCUAUGCGCCAAUUCAAAACAAAAACAACCGUAUUUACAUUUCCACGACUUCCCAAAUAAUACCCAAUACAGCAGGGCGAUCAGACGGAAUGAAGGAGUUAAUUUCGUAAUUCAGAAGGGGAGUACACUGGUCUGUAGUCGGCAUUUCUCAGCGGCUGAUUAUGACGACGGGAGUGCUACGCUGAAUACUGGAGCUGUUCCUAGUCGUUUUGACUGGAACAGCUACACCACAGCCCCGAAAAAAACACCCGUGUAUAAACGGCUGUCAGCUCGAAAAGCUGAAGGAGAGGACAAAACACAAACGGACCGGAGAGGUACCGGGGAACAUGACUACGCGACACGCCCCCCUGCCGGUGCACUGGAUGAUGCCCUGGAGUAUAUUGCUGAGCUGGAGGCAAGGCUGCAAGAAAUGUCCAUGGGGCCACAAACUGUCCUCAACAGAAUUUGUGUGUCUGAUCAGACCAUGACAUAUUAUACUCGGUUUCCAUCUCAAGAAGUGUUUCAAGUGUUUUGGGAGUCUGUUUUGCCCCUCAACACAAUAUAUUAUUUAUUGGAGCAAAGCACAGAGGAUUGGACAAGAGGCGAUUCCAACACCAAGCCCUUCAAGGAAGAUUCCAGCCAUUGAUGAGUUUUUCAUCUACUGUUGUAGAGUAGCAACUGGCCUUAAAGAACAAGUCAUUGCUGACAUCUUCCAGGUCAGCACAGCUGAGAUGGUACCAACUCCAAGCUGGAUAUUCCCUCUAGGAUGUGGGACAUCAAAGGGCGGAACGUCAAAUAAAAAUGUGACUGUUUUUUUUUAUAUUGUAGUGAUAACAGAUGUAUUCGAAUAUGCAUAUUUUCAUAAUGAGCAUGUUUAACAGAGUGCAAAUUGCAAAACAAAUGUCUUACCAGCAUACGCUCUGUAGAGUGUGGACUUGACUCCAGUCUUCCCCACCGACUUGGGUUUCUUCACCACCAGGUCACUCACAGCCUCUGGAUGGAUUCCCUGAGGCGAACAACAAUACAGGAAAUGCUCAUAUACUCUAGACAAAUACUGAAGUGUAUGAUUUGAACAGAGGACACAACAGCACACGUGGGUUCGAGGUCGAUGCCACAUCUGUGGUUGACUGGUACAGGCCAGGGAAGGUGGAACCACAUCAAGGCCCAGCUGCACAUAAUGCGCUGUCUGGAACAGCAGAGCGGUUAUAUGGCUACAGAAGCCUUUGCCCGCAGCAAAGCUACAGCUCUGAGAGACCCAGUUGUCCAACAGCCUCCAGGGUGAUCUGUGAACACCAUAAGAAUUGAGUUACUGAACUUAGUAGGUAGGACCUUGAUAUAAGGCCAUUGGAAACUGGCAAGGAGCCUGCAACCGCAGAAAAGCCAUGUACAGUUCCGUGCAAAACUCUUGGGCCACCAUUACAUCUGUUGUUUUAGCAAUGUUAUAACAUGAACUAGAUGUUUGUCCUUUUAAUGCACUCAACAAAUUUCCUUUAUUUACGGCUUGUGCCUUAAUGAAGAGGAAGAAAAAUACAUAGGUCUGUACAGCCACAACAUUGCAGCAAACUAGGUGGGCCAAGUCUUAAGCACGCUACUGUUUGUAAGAAAGAACAAUGAAAAUGAUCUGAACUUCAGAAGAAGAGGAAAACUGCAACUGCAGUUGUUAGUCCAGACAGACUAUCAAAACUAACAGACUUGGUCCAACGGGCCCUAACUCAGCAGAAACAUGUAGUAUGUGGGGCUCCUCAUUCCUCCUCAUCGAGCGGUUGCAUCUACCUCUCACUACCACCUUUCCAUCAACUAUAUUUGACACUUAGCAUAUACAUAAUGUCAAUAAUAUGUCGCUGAUCGGAAGAAAACUGGUCAGCAAAUAACUAGCUGAACCUAUCCUUGGCUAAACUAAUGCUAAAAUGCUAACGCUACACACGGAGACUUCAUAGCCACCAUGGCUAAUUAUAUUCAUAAUAUUAUAGUCUACACGUAACAAAUAUGAUCAUUUUACACACAUUUCACACACAGACAAUAUUUCUGAUGAUUUAUAUGGAUCGUAUAUGGUUUGCUUGUCAUCACAAAACAUGAAUGAGCAAGGCGGCCAUUGAGUAGCCUACUGACAACAACAAAACACCUUAGACAACUUUCCUUGAUAAUUGUGUACAAACUCCUCCACAAAAAACUUGUACCCCUUUGUCAGCCUGGGCUGUGGUGUUGCUGAGUGUGUCUCCACAAUCUUCUGCACAUCUUCGAAUCGCAAUUUCGGAAAACCCACCAGGGAAGUGGCGAAGAAACGAUCCAUUUUUGCAUUGACGGCAAUACAAAAA